AUCUGUCAAAAAUUUCAACAACAAUAAUACACGUCACUCACAUCAAUUUUAAAAAGUGAAUAUUUUUAUUGUCUCAUAUUUAAUUAGAAAGAACCAACGCUGGCAUCGUUCAAGAUGAGAAGGGCCCAUGCAGGUAACUACUACGAGCCAUUGCCGCAGAAUUCAAACGAAAUUGAAGACGAAAAUGAUCGGAUGACUAACGAAUUGCAAGAGAAAAUUGGAGCCCUGAAGUCCCUAACUAUUGAUAUCGGAAAUGAAGUUAAAUAUCAGGAUAGAAUGCUCAGGGAUGUUGACGACGAUUUAGAAAAAACUGGAGGGUUCCUAGGAACAACCAUGAACAAAGUACUGAGGCUGUCGAAAGGGGGCCACAACUACAUCAUUGUAUAUUUGUUUUUAUUUUCGAUCGUUGUAUUUUUUAUACUUUACUUUGUUAUUAAAUUUAGGUAGAAAAAAUUAUUGGGUUUAGGUAUUUAUUUAUAUAAUAACGAACUAAGUAGAUUCAGUUUUCAUUCAUUAUACAUAUUUAUGUUGGGAUCAGUUUAGUCAUACUUAUUAAGAAAAACGGGCAGAGAAACCUUAUAUCUCGAGAAUUAUUUAUAUUUAUACGGUUAUAAUUCGGAUUCAAUAAAAUUUGAUUAUUUUUGUUGAAUAUUCAGUUAUUU